UGCUGAUAUAAAUGAGAGUAUGUAGAGAUCUGGAAGAUUAAGUCUACGUCAGACUUUUGUUUUAUUCAGAGGUUUGGCUUCCUGCCCUCUGUUCAGGCAAUAAAUUGGCUGUAACAGAGCUGAUUCUAACAUUCUGUUCAGUAGAAGUAUCCCAGCAGAGACAAAACCACACAAAAUAAGGACUCGAAAAAGAAGUCAGCUAAGAUCAUCCUCAUCAGUGUUUCUUCAGUGCCUCUACAAUGAUCCUCCGCUCAGGCCGUAAAAAGCCCUAUCAAAUGCCUCCCCGUAGAAGACAGUCUGUGAAGAAGCAGUGUCUUAGAAAUAGGAGAACAGCUGCUAGAAAGCCAGUCUUCUGUGAACAACCUUGCUUUGACUCAGGCUUCCUACGGACCUCCAUUCGCUACUCUGAGUCUACUGAUUCAUCAGUGUUUAGCCAUCGAGAAACAGUGAAAUGUUAUAUACUAACUGAAGAUUCAAAAACAGUGCAUUUUGAUGUAGAUGAAGAUGGCCAUCAUGAAAUAUGUACAAAGGAUUCACAAUCCUGUGAAGAUAUUGCGUGGUUAUGCGUGUACACAGGGAACGAAGGAGUUACUGCAGAUUCUAAAAAUUUGGUGAUCCUCACACAGAGAUCAAAGCUUAAUGAAUUUGUCCUGUUGUGCAAGGGUAAGAAGCACCUCUCUCUGAAGGUCUUAAAAGCAUCCUGUUCAGAGCCAGAUCAUCCUUCACUGGGGAGACGCAAUAUGAAAACAUGCAUCCAUGAAGAUCCUAACUUUAAACAGGAAACAAAAUAUUCCGGUGUGGAAAAAUAUACAGGGGAUAUUUUAAAAAUGGCAAGGAACACUAAGGAACAUACAUGAAUACGAUCAUAAAAUGUGCCAUUAGUUCUUCAUGAGGUAAACGUUUUACUUUUUGAAAACUGUUUCUUAUAAGCUCACCUGAAUGUGGCAAGAAGACUUUUACAAGUUUUUAAAUGCAUAUGUGCAAAUCCUGACUGACUGACUUGGAGAAAGAGGCAGGAAGGGUGUCUUGAGUCUACCUGAGAAUAAGGGAAGAUGCUGGAAGCUGGAAGGUGUCUCUGAACCUGUAGCUCCGUGUCAGCCCAUGCAGUCCAUUGUGCAAUUUCAGCAUCUCUCCAGCACGGCAGCUCUCUAAGAAAAUGUACACAGAGCAUCAGAUGUGGAAUGUGCAGACAGAGGGAGGGAGACACAUUGAACUGAUGGGCCAUAACAAAUGUCUGCAAAAACAGCAGAAAGUUGCUCCACUUCUGAGUCAUAGAGGAAAACACAAUCACAUGCAAAACAGAGUGCAGAACAACAUCAGAAAAAUAAUAAUGUUCAAAAUUACUGAACAAAAUAAACACUAAGUGCUUAUGUGGGGUACACUGUAGGAGGCAUAAGAGUACCUACCCUUGAGCAGCAGGGUCUUUCAGUGUUAAAUGGAAGAUGUUGACAGUUAAAUGUCCAUAGACCAUACCCUGCAAAGAAAACCUAUUUGAAAUACAUGAGAAAACAACCUGAAAAUUAUCAGGAUCACUAGGUGUUAAAGAUCUGGUUCUUCAUUGCUGUGCAUGGAAUUCCACUCUGAUUUAGUGGCAAUUUUCUGUGAUGCAAGUAAGUAGAGACCAUAUGUGUAUAGAUGAUAGACACGAUGCACCAAUGCCAAGAGACUGCUGCCUACAAGAUAAGACAACACAUGCAAGAAUAGUCCUGUGUAAAUAUAAUAAACAAUGCACAUCUGAAAUAGGAAUCCUAUUGUCAGUCAGUCGAUCACACCAAUGCGCAUUGCAAUAAGGCAAUUUUCUGCUGUAACUAAAUUCCAAAGAUCUGGGAGACCUUAAAAGCUUUCAUGGCUUGCUCAUUGCAAACUUCAAAUAGUGAAAAUCUUUAUGUUGGUUAAAAUGCUCAUUGAAGAGAGGUUUUAAGUACAGAAUACUUACAACUUCUGGACUAGCCAAGAGUUCAAUAAAGUUAGCAUGAAGAAAAAACUCCAAAACUCUAGAUAUUAAUUUCAGCAUUUAUUACACUAGAAUCAAGUUAUUUCAGCACUACUUAAGAUGUUGCACAAGAAAUAGAUUCUGUCAUGUAGUUAAGUACUUUAAUUUCACUAUCUGAUACACUAACACUUCAUACAUUUAUUAUUGGUAAUGUAACCACCUUACUAAAUAAUAGAAUGGGCUAGAUGGCAAGUUGAUGAAAAGAUGACAAGUCACUGUAGAGUUUGUCAAAGCAUAUUAAUUAAAUCAGCAUUGCUGAUAUCA